CUUUCUGUGGAACCAGUUUUAAGCUGCUUCCCUUUUCAUAAGGCAAUUUAUGCAGUAGAUCUGCAGAGUUUUCUCCAGUUUUUUAAAAGACGCCGAGAGAAAGUAGAAAUGUCCGCAGAGGAUGCUCCCCUGGCCAGAGGAAGCCUGGCAGGCAGUGAUGAGGUGCUGGUUGGCCACGCAGAACCAAGGAGGGGCUCCAACACCCGUGCUCUUAAGAUCGCCGGCCUGACCACGCUCGCAUGUCUGCUGUUGGCCAGCCAGGUCUUCACUGCCUACAUGGUGUUCGAUCAGAAGCAGCAGAUCCACACGCUUCAGAAGAGCUCGGAGAGGAUGGGCAAACAGAUGACGCGCUCCUCCGGGGGUGUGGCUCCUGCAAGAAUGGCCAUGCCAAUGAACAGCCUGCCUCUGAUGAUGGACUUCACUGAUGAUGACGACAAGACAUCUAAGACACCCUUGACAAAACUGCAGGACACUGCUGUUGUCAGUGUGGAGAAACAGCUGAGGGAUCUCAUGCAGGACGUGAGUCUGCCGCAGUUCAACGAGACCUUCCUGGCCAACCUGCAGAGCCUGAAGCAGCAGAUCAACGAGACCGAGUGGAAGACCUUCGAGUCCUGGAUGCGUUAUUGGCUGAUCUUCCAGAUGGCCCAGACGCAGCCUCCAUCCCCAACUCCUCUGCCAGCCUACAUGAUCAAGACCAAAUGCCAGCUGGAGUCAGCACCCGGAGCUGGCAAGAUCGGUGCAUACAAGCCUCAGUGCGAUCAGCAGGGCCGCUACAAGCCUGUGCAGUGCUGGCACGCCACCGGCUUCUGCUGGUGUGUGGACGAGACCGGCAACCCCAUCGAGGGCACUUCCAUCCGAGGCCGCCCUGACUGCCCCCACGGCGGAGUUCCCCGUCGCAUGAUGAUGGCCCCCAGGGUGAUGCAGAAGACCUUCCUCCCUGAUGAUCAGUGAAUCAAAUGAGACAAAGCGUGAAACAAGGGAUUUCUUCUCAUUCCCCAGUUUUUGCAAAAAUGUGAAACUGGCUCCUUUAAACGUGAUGCUUAUAUGCUUAUCGGCCAAUUGCAGCAGUUUAAAUUGCACAUGAACUACUUCUCUAUAUAAUCUCUUGGUUUUAAUACUUUUCUUGGCUGCUUGAAUCAAUCAUUAGAGGCCUGUUACACUCCAGUGCUUUUGUUGUCUUUAAUUCUGUUCUUAACAACGUAUAUAUUUUGGGUGUUUUGGUUUAAUUGAUAUCGAGGGUAUUGAACUAUGUGAAGUUUUGCCUGUUUGUUUCCCAGGAAUGCGUAAAAGGCCGGUUCAUUCAAAUGAAUAAGACUAGAGGUAGUUUUGUCUGUUGGGCUGUUUGUCAUGUAGAUUUCUGACUCCGGUCCAACGGAACGGAAUGGGACGUUUGUUUAUGGUGCAUACAGCUUUAAAAAUUGACAUCUUAAUCUCUUUGAAGAAACAACGUCUCCUGUCACUUUAAGAAAUCCAAAAACCUCACUCAGGUCAGUUUUCUUCCCCAGAAGUUCAGGUAAAAUAGCUGACCGUGAGGGCCAUGGAUUAUUCAGAGCGCAGGAGAUUCUGGUUCUUGAAAGAUGUGCUGCGGUUCAUUUUUUUCAAGCACCAGAAUUCAACUUGCUGUGAAAGCUGAAUGUUUGAUUUUAAUAAUUUGAGUGAACCUAUCUUUUAAAAGGUAUGAAGAAUAUAUGAGGAAGUGGUAAUUUUUUGACAGUGGAUGUGUUAAGGAGAUUAAUAAAGUUUUUCCAACAA